AUGUCUUCUGUAUCUCUCGCCCUUCUUAUCAUCCAGUUACUCCAGCUAUGCUUGGGGACUCACGCUCUGCCUACCGAGCAGCAAGUACUUCAAGGGACCAAGCCCAAGAGUAUCUUGAAUGUCCGACAUGAGCUCAAGAGAGCAGAGAUAAUCCCGACGGUCAUUGACGAUUUCCUCCCCUCCCUAACCCUCAAAGUCUCCUGGCCCUCCCACAAAAAAGCGGAACUCGGGAACACAGUCAAGCCCGACGAUGUGCAAGAAAUCCCCUCCCUCGAGCUCCACGAUGAGCCGACCUCCUCCGCCAGCUCCGCUGUCUCAAACAUGACCUACACCGUCGCUCUAACCGACCCCGACGCGCCCUCCCGCGACAACCCCGAAUGGUCCGAGAUGUGCCACUGGAUCGCCACGGGCGUGCCAUUAUCCAGCGAGAGCACAGCCAAUGCCGCAGACAUGGAGGCCGCGACCCAAACAGCGGCGAAGGGGCUGAAGGAGAUCAUGGAAUACAAGCCGCCCGGCCCGCCGCCCAAGACGGGCAAGCAUCGAUACGUCUUCUUGGCGUUUGCGCCCGCGAACGGGACGAGUCGGGAGUUGCAUCUGUCGAAGCCGAAGGAUAGGCAGCAUUGGGGUUAUGAUGGGGAGAGGAUGGGGGUCAGGAAGUGGGCGGAGGAGAAUGGGUUGGUGCCUGUUGCGGCCAACUUCAUCUACUCGCAAAACGCGAAGCAGUAG